AUAGUCAGGCGCUUUAGACCACCGGUCCGACCACGGCUCCUCAACUCUGCCCAAUCAUCAAAGUAGUAUGCCGCCAUCUAUUGAUGGCUCCCAAACAGGUAUUUGUAAACAAGAUGGCGAUGCUGAGGAGGGUGAAAAAUAAUUAAUAACAAACAUUUCGAAAGCUAGAUUGUUGACGAUCUAGAACAGUGUCAUCAACAAUGGACGGCUCCAAAAGAAGAGCAAAUGUUCGCGUGAAGUAUUCAGGAGAAUCUGUAUCAAAGCCCAAUUUACCAACUCCAGAAAUAGUUGUUGAUCAUGACACCGCUUCGGAUGUGGAAUACAGCGACGAUAAUGAUGGAUUGGAACCAGCCUGGAGUAGCUCGGUUCACAAGGACUCUGGAGAACUGUUCUACCUUGAGGCAGGAAAGCCGGUGACAUCACCUCUAGAGCAUGUAAACCCUGCCACGCCAAAGGACACGACUCCUGGAAAAACCAACCGGAAAGGCAUCGCUCAACUACAGAAGGUUCUCAAAGUUUCAAGGAGCAGAGACUCCACCCCUCAGUCCUCUCCCAACGGCAGUCGGUUCUUCACAAGGACUCCUCCCGGCAGCAACCACAAGCUGCGGAGGCCGUCUCCAGGGUCGCAGUCCAGCGAGGGCACGCCCAUCAAGGAAGUGAUUCUGAAGAUCGGGACGUCGCUUCCAAGAAGCCCAAAUGACACACUGAGUAUCAGACUCCAAGGGUGGUUAGGGAUUGUCCCUGGUAAAGGAGGGACGGACUCAAGUAGUGUCAUGGGGAACGGACGAGAGCACAAGAAUGGAGGGCCUAUGCACAUGGAUGAUAGGUUGAUGGUGAGGGGAUUGCUGCCUCAAGGUGCUGCAAUUAAAUCAGCCCAGAUUGAUAUUGGUGAUGUAAUCUCUGCUAUCAAUGGCGUACCUGUAUCCUACUCCUCAGCUGAAGCGGUACUCAACUCUAUGGAACCUGUCAAACAGGUUAGGUUAUCAGUGGAGAGAGCACCCUCAUGGAGCAAUGGACAGAGCCCCUCCCCCAUGGUAUGCCAGCCCCCCAAUGGAACCCUGGUGAAGAUGCUCAACAACAUAGCUGAGACAGCAAGUAAACAGCAGGAAGAGAGCAAGGGAAAUCCCCAGGAGGGGAAUCCCCAGGAUGAUGUACCAUGUGCUAUUAUGUACCUCACUCUGGUUAGGGAUUCGGAUAAUGAUGAUGCGCAGGAGGUGUUGUACAAGUACCCAUCUUCCAAAGCAUCAACCAAAUUCAAGGACAUUAACGGUCUGUUCAUUACUCUAGGUGAUAUGCUCAUGAACAUCACCGGCAGCAAAAUAACAUGUACAUCUCUUGAAGUCGGUGAUGAGUUGGUCCAUGUAGGCUACCAUAAAUGUGGUUCGGAGUUACUGGUCCUCGCCCUGCCGGCUCGGUGUGCUUCCAAACACACAGUGCAAUGUAUGGUCCAGCAGCUGGCAAGGCUUCUCAACUUCAUGUUCCUUUCACUCAACAGGGCAUUUUCGGAGACCAGGAACCACUCUAGACUAGACCACCUGUUAGCCCUUCUCUUCCAUCAAGCUCUGGUAGAUAGGAUUCAGUUAGAACCGAGGAAGAAUAGGAAAGAAGACAUCUUCAUUCAGAUGCUUCCUGGAGUUAGGUGGCUUAAUCUACCAGAUCAAGAUAAGCUCAAUGUUGAUUGCAGCCUUAGUGAAUUAGAAGCAGCCGAUUUUGCAGACUUGUGUGACAGACAUUUUGACUACAGGAGACCAUAUGUGAUAUUGGGAUCUUGCUUGUUUUAUAAGGGCUACCUCCUUGCCAAUCACUUGCCAGUGGAUGACCUCCUGGACAUCCACCUAUACGUCCAGUACUACAGCCUCAGCUCACUGUCCACUCAACGGUCAGUCGGCCAGCUGGUCAUCUGGAGAGAAGUCUUCCCGACGCGCCGGGUUCAACCCAUCGAAGCGCCCCACCUUGGCUACACCGAACCCCAGGGGAGAUGGUUUCUAUUAAUCGUUGGCUUGAAACACUCUGUACUGUGUGCUAUGCUAGAAGCAGGGGGCUGUGCCUCACCAGCUGAAGGUGUUGUAUACCCCGAUGAAUUCUAUGUGGAUCAAAGCAGAGCAACUCUUCUUCAUCUUGAAACCUUGGAUGUGCCGUCAGCUUGUGAAGAAAGAUUAAAAGUACCACCCAUCCCAGCCCUGUCAUGUGCCGACUGGUUGUUCCCCAGCCCUAGGAGGGGUAGCUUUGAUAGCAGUGUGCCUCCCAGGCCCCAUCCAGACUCACCAAUGCUUAGUAAAUUACACAGCCAAACGCCUAUUAAAGGACCUGGAGGUAAGAAAGCAGAGAGUCCACACCUGGUCACCAAGCGAUCCAGCUCCCCCACCCCACCGAUCUCCUUCCUUUCGGUCAGCCCAAACCCGUCACGGAAACACGCCUCGACGUCCAGCCGAACAGAGUCCGACAACGAGAGCGAUUCGACCAGCCCCCAUAACUCGCGAACAAACAGCACCCAGUCUUCCCCGUCCACCAGCAGACGGAGCGAGUCCCGCAAGGAGUCCGAUGCUUCCAUUGGAUCUGCUGGCAGCAGUGAAAUAUACAGGGCUGUGCGUAGAGGGCGCAUCAUCCCUGAUCCUUACUCUAUGGGUGUGAUGCAGAAGGCUCUGGAAGAGACUGCUUCACCGGAUUACUUCACAGCAACCAAACUAACAAGUGGGCGUGAUAAUAGCCUGUUCCACUACGUUCACCUGGAUCCAUCAACGGGAAUCCUCAUCACGCCUACUAGAUCAGAUCUAGCCUUCCUAGGAGGGCUCAGUCAUAGUCAACUGGUUGAUAACUUUCAACAAUGCUGUAAGGUCAUCAGCCAACAACUCACAUUACAUGCUCGUCUUAGGCCUAAAGAUCAGCUGAGUGGCAAGACUAUUACAAGAUGUGAUGCACUGACCAUUCUAAGAGAGUUUGGAAUCUCAUUCAGAUGUCAUCCUGAGAAUUGGCCAGAGAAGAAACAACCACCUUCCAUCAAAUACUGGGUUGUUGGGAGACUGAUUAAAGGUCCAAGAGGCACCAAAGAGUGUUAUGUAUGCUACCAUGAUAGCACAACACAGAACACCUUGGAGCUGGCUUUCAAACUGGUGUUUGGUGUUGGACCAUGAUGUAUGCUGCGAUGACAGUACAAUACACAACACCUUGGAGCUGGCUUUCAAAUUGGUGUUUAGUGUUGGACCAUGAUCGAAUGCCUUGGAGCUGGCUUUCAAAAUGGUGUUUGGUUUUGGACCAUGAUGGAUGCUACGAUGACAGUACAAUGCAGAACACCUUGGAGUUGCCUUUCAAACCAUGAUGGAGCACCUUUGAAGUCCUCUCUCCGAUGAUGGUGCCCUGAUGGUGUCUGUAGGUGUUAAGUCUUCAAAAUGCUUUGAGCGUCAACUGAAAUACUAAUUCUGCUGUGAUACUAUACUGUCCUGAUGAUACAUGUACAUGUAUUAUGCCGAAAAGGAAAGAAGGAGUACAAAACUGAUUUUAUAUGAGCAAUGUAGUUAGGUUUUGCUGCUACCAUUGUAGUCCUAGAUCACUUCUGGAAUCUGUUUCAUAAAACUUGUUAUAGUAACAAUUUGCAGUAAGUUAAAAGCUACUAAAAAUCCUUUAAUCCGAUUGGCUGACAGUGAAUUUGUUAUGGAACUUGUGUAUUUGUUAUCAUAACAAGUCUUUAUGAAACUGGAUGCCAGUGCUUCCUCCUAAUGCGUGAAUGAUUCUAUAGCCAAUCUCAUUUGCUUACUCUUUGAUACACUAUAAUAAUUUAAUAAUACACCCUAAUAAUUUGAUAGGUUUAAAACACUAUAAACUUUGACAAAGAUAUAUAGAAUCUAGAGAGACAACCGAGUAUGCUGAAAAUUGCCAACACAAAGAUGCAUAUGUGGUUAGCAUUUUGACGUUUGACAUUUCAAUUAAUACAUGUAGCAUGGCUCAAAAUUUCUAUUGUAUUCAGUGCUUGGUAAAUGCAAUGUGUUCAAAAGUUACUGUGGUGUUUUUUUUUCCACAUCACAGAGUAACAGCAAAAGUUAAUGUUGAAGCGCAGAUUUGAGAAUUACCUCCAAAACUCCAGUACAUAGUUCUAUUUGAUAUGGCAAUUUAAAGAGUUCCACUUAUUCCCCUGAUCACAAUUGCAUUUUGGCUCCUGCCUGACUUUUUCUUCAAAAAGUCUUUGCAGCAGAUUAUCACACAAGAAUAGAAGAAGUAAAACAGUCGUAUUUUAGAUUGCUGUUACUACUAAACAUGAGUACGGGCAGUACACAAUCAUUUUGAGAGACAGGCAUCCAAAUCAUGGUUAGUUGUUAGCAUUUAUAUGAAUGAAGAUCAUUUUUAAAGAAACAAUUUAAUUUUGACAUAGUUUUCAUUAACUGAAAGCUGUAAAAUGGUAGAAUCUAGAGAACAACCGAUUAUGCUGAAAAUUGUCAACACAAAGAAGCAUGUGUGGGCACAUAUACUUUUAUUUAAGGAAAAAGAUCAGUCACCAAAAAGGAAUUCCAAGCCUGCUUUGCUGAUUACUCAUUAAUUAUUCAUUUCUUCCAGAAUCAUUGUGUACACAUUUUUUAUUUGUGAAUUCGUACCAACAUGGGGUGGUUUUAGAUCACUUUGAAUAUUUACCAUUAAAAUAGGGCUUGAUAAGUUGGUAGAUGGUAUGGGGUAAGUUUAUUAAUUCAUAUGGUUUUAGAAAAAAGUAGUAAAUUUUGAUAUUUUUAUGUGAUCCAUGAUGAAUGGAAACGAAAAGAAAUGUGAAGAUUUUGAUCGGUACAGAAACGAACAUGAGGUAGUUUUUGUGCGAAAACUUCACAAUGUGGUGCUUUGGGAUGUGCUUAAAACAACUUAAUUGUAUAGUGUCAAAGAGAUAAAGGUAUUGAGUUAUUUAUAUUAAUAUUCAUAGGCCACUUGCAGUAAGAAAAUACAUUUUCAUAUAAUAUCAUUUCAGCAUUUACCCAAGAAUAUCUCACUACAUUCACUAUGUUAAAAAAGAAAGAUCCAAUGAAGCAUAUGUCUAACAUAAUUUAUUCUUGCUCUGUCAAACAAACAUUCAAAGGGCUUCAAAAGGACUGGGUAUUAUUGUACCCCAUCUAUUGAAAACUCCUUGUUAUCAGAAAUGAAUUGUAUUGUACAAGAUAUACUUUUACUGCUUUGAAAGCUCUACUCAACUCGAAGAAAAAAAAGGCUUCAAGGUUGAGGUUAAGGAAACAGAUGAUUGUCGAGACAGCCUGGUGUUUCGAUUACAUUCUAACUAUGCCAUUAAUUGUUGUACGCAAGGUAAUGUUGUUAAUAUCAUCCUCAAAACAAUCUAGUUCUCAUACACUUUAUAUUUACAACAAUUUAUAUGAAACCUCAAAGAUAUUUGUUAUAGCAGUGGGAGAUUUUUUUAAUGUUAUUUAUUUUGAUAUUUGACUAGUUUUUCAGCUAGAAUGAAAUUGACGGCAUAUCAAUGUUUGAUCAUAAAUUACAAACUCAAAUACUUUGGCAUACUAUGUUGGCUUUCAAUGCAUCCUACCAGGUUCCCACCUACCACUACUACCCGGGUGGAGAGUGGCAAAGUGCAUAAGAUCUUGCCAAAGUGAGGAUGCUAGUGCUCUUAAAUUUUUUAUUUUUUUUAGGUAACUUUUUGAGAGUAUAAUAAAGCAUGGUUUACAUUUCACAAUUUGUUGGUAAUAGCAUUUGAUAUGAGCAUUCUAGCCUGUAAAAUCUUAAAAGAUCAAACACCUGAAUAGUGAUGUGAAUACUGAAUUCAAAAUUCAGGUCUGUUGUGAGCCUCCCUGGAGGAAUAACAGUGAAUUCAAUUCCGAAUCAUAGUAACAUCGUAGCAGCCUUGCCACCGGCUACAAUAAGCCUGUUCACGGUUGUAAACUGCGCAAGAGCAGAAAAAGGUCAUUUGAGAUAAACCAUGAAGGUGGCUUUCAAAUUCACUGACAUAGGCAUUUGUGAUUUGAUGAUUAUUCAUGUAUUCCUUUCAAAAUAUUCAUUUUAUCACAUCCAAGCUGAAGAGUAAUAAAUAGAGCCUUCAUAAUCACUGGUAUUUGACAGUAGCCUAAACAAUAGUCAAAUGUGCCAAAGGCAGACAAUAAAACAGAUUUCCAAACUUUAUCCCUGAUGUACUAUUCUAGUCACCUAGUCUAUACAAUGCCUUUUGUUCUUAGAAUUUGAAUACUCUACCGGUAAAGCUUACGCAACAUCUACAUUUGAAAAUGAUAGUGCUCAUCCUAAUGAAAAAUCACAAAGGUCAUUUGAGAAAAGUUGAUCAUGAGCUAACCGUGAACUGGCUUAUUAGAAGCCAAUUUGAAAUUCACACCAACCAGAAUUCUGAUUUUGGUAUUCCUAACAUUACUCUUAACUUCAAAUGAGACAGUUUUACUUCUUUGAACUUUUUUUUUAAUUGUGUCGCAUCAGAUCAUGUAGUGUGUUGCAGGCUUAAGUUUGGAUGCUAAAAAAAAUGGUGGCACGACAUUUGCUCCUGCAACAUUUGCUCCGGUCUUAGAGGGCAUACGGUUGUAAUAGAGUUUUUUGUUGAGAAUAAUGUAAAGAUUAGGAUUAGGGUUUAUUUCGUGUUGGAGGUUGAGUUUUAUGUUUGGCUUAACGUGCAGACUUUCCAUAGGAGCAGUUGUCGUCGGAGCAAAUGUCAUGGAACAAAAAAAUUGGUUGUUUGAUAGAACAACGUGUGUGCUGUCAACAUAGUCCUAUAUGGGAUACACACAAUAAAGGAGAAUGGAACUCUUCAUACUAGUUGUAUUGUGUAUGAAAAUAGUAAAAAUCAAAGAAUAUGAUCAGUGACAGUUGGAGAACAAUUGGACUAAUAAUAAGAAAGUUAUGAGCAUUUGAAUAUUGAGAUCACUAAAGCUAUGAAGAUCUUUCCUUUGGUCACAAUACCUCAGUCACAUUUGCUCUACGGCGGCCGUACGGCGAGUCGAAAACAGCCGUUAUAACAUUUUUGUAGCAGCUACAUAUAGGUGGUUUGAAUAAAAUGAAUAGAACGGCUGUUUUCGACUCGCCGUGUGGCCGCCUUAGAGCAAAUUUGACCGAGGUAUAAUGCAUGCGAGAUGCAUGAUGUCACACAUGAACUGUCCUAUUUUUUACAUAUUUCAGUGAAACUUUUCUCUUAUCAAGUCCAUUGAAAGAUUUGUUAUAAGAGGACAUGUAAUACAGUUUUUUAAAGACAUCAUAGUUUUUCCCUUCAUUUUAAUAUGUGUAAAACAGAAUUUAAGGGUAAAUUUUCAGUGUCCAAAAGGUAAAGUUGCUAAUGUGUGCCAUUGGGAGGAUGUUCAUAGCAUAUUAGCAUUCUCAAUAUUCACAUGCUCAUAACUUUCUUAUUGCUUGUCCAAUUUUUAAUAAUGAUAACAAUAGUCAGUUCUUAGAGACGCCUUAGAUUAUAUGAAUAGUCUCUAUAUGUGUGGAAGGUUUGUUUUAAUUUUAUAUUGGGCUAAUACAAAAUCUUACAGUUUUGUUGACCUUAUUCUCAGAUUUUUCUGUUAUCACACAAGCUAACUUGCUCCAAGGGUUUCGAUCUCAUUUUAAGAAGUGACUACACAGUAAUUAUGCUUGGGAUUUAUUAUUACCUUGCUACUGCGGCAUUUUGCACUUAAUAUACAGUUGAAUUUGCAUUGAUUGAUCGGUUCUAUUGUUAUUCAGUACAUAUUUAUUUAUAUGCACAUACAAUUUAUAACAUAUUUUUUAUAUUAUAUUACCCUACUAUGUCAUCUCAUAAUAUGCUAGGAGGUAUUGAAUAAAAUUGCCUCUAACUG